AGUAAAGCCACAAAUCUAGAAGAAAAUAACUUGAAGAAGUACCACUGACAGCCCCAUCAUAAAGACAUUUUGUUAAGAUGCACUGUCAUGACAUUUUUGAUGAAAAUGAAGCUUCUUAAAGUGCCAUAGUAUGUUGUUUUCUUUUUGAUGUUCCUUUGAGUUUUAAACCAACACAAUUGUUGAAAUCUUGAUAGGUUUCUUAUCAUCAAAAUGUUCUGCUAAAGCAGGAUUUUCAGUUAAUGAAAAAAGGCAAGAUAACGUUCUCUAGAAAUGAAGCAUAUUUUGCAGCCUAAUUUCACUUGGUUCUAACAUCUGUCAAAGAUAUUCUUUACAAAUAGGAUGUACAAUUAUAUCCUGGGCCGCCAAGAAGGGGGGAAGGAGGGCAAAUUGCCCCAGGUCCUCAAGGUCUAGGGGGGCUUCAUAAGUAAUGACUUUCAUUUUCAUUUUAUGGUAUUAAUCAAACACAACAAAUGUAUACCUUAAAAAUAGUGAAACAUUUGAAAAGAUUGCAGGAAAAUGACUGUGAGAAAAGUUUGGAAUUGCAUUUUUAGCUAAUCUGAAAUGCGUGGUCACAAAUAUUUUCUGCUCGCUCCACCUGUAAGAGCCUCGUCUUUCGGCUUUGUCCCAGGGCCUCUGAACUGACUUGGCAGCCCUGAUUAUAUCUUUUUUCCCUAAUCUCUACUCCUGUCCCAGUCCCUACACCUAUGUUAUCAUUUCUGGUUAAACAAAUUAGCUUUUUCCCAUUUUAUUUCUUUCAGAGGGCAAGGUAGCAAAAAUAAAGUUAUUUAAGCUUCACAAUUGGGCGAUGGUUUCUUAAAGCCAACUCUUUAACAUGAUAAUUUAUGUAGAAAGGGUAAUUUUAAGUUGAAAGAUAAAUUCAGACUGGUAAAAUGUAACAGGAACUUUGAAGCUAACUCAAAUUGUUCCUUCUGCUUCGAUGAAAAAGGUUCUGAGCUGCCAUAUUUUGAACCUUUUUUUCUUUGUUUGGAAGUUGUGCCUGAAAUUUGUCAUCUAGCUUUGGAAAAAUCAUUUGUAGAAGAAUCUGGUCACUAAAUAUAUUCUUUUUUAUCGACAAACAAGUGACUUACCCUUUACUUUAAAAAAUUUAUUCUAUUGUAAUUUUUUCUAUUGGACCUUUUGUCACUUGACCACACCUCGCUGAACUCAAAGCUACUUAUAAAAGCUUAAAAUCAGAACUCCAACGAGAGAAUUUAAAGUGCCUCAGGGAUCGAUUCUUGAUCCACUGCUUUUCCGGAUUCAGGCGAUUCAGAAUGAACUAGUAAAGAAAGUAAAUAGUUGCAAAGUUAAAAUGUAUGCUGAUGACACUUAUAUAUACAGUUCAUCGAGAUAUCAAACUCAUUGAAAACACUCUGUCAGCUAAUGUCUUUCAUAAAAGAUUGCCUAGACAAAAACAGGUCGAUCAAAAGAAAGGAAAAACAGAAAGUAUGCUGUUCGGGCCCGCUGAGUGGCUCUGCUCCCAUGGCGAUUUGAAAGUAUCGUUCAAGGCCACAUGAUAGACUGCAUCUUAAUAGAAAUAUCGUGUACUUUGGUCCUUCACUAAACAUGAGUGACCCAGGUGCUUAAUACGAUCCUAUACUGUCAAAAUCCAGUCCUCAAGAUAUCAUCAUCAUCAUCAAUUUAUUUGCGGUUGGCAAUGUCAUAGUUCUUAAGAAAACUAAUUUGCACCAACUAGACCUAUUUACAAAGAAACUGAAGUUUGAAAAACUCCCGGAGAGAGCACAGAAAACUACAAGGCAAAUGAAGGUAGAGAGAACAGUUUCCGUAGUAUCCUAAACCAAAAAUCGAAAGUUGCAUGUCUAAUUUUCAAAUGUCGACAAGGAACAAGUAUCCCAGCGUUGUCAUCAUGUGCAACGAAAAUAAGUUGUAACACACUAAAUAUUAGUGCUGCCCUUCGAUUACCACUGCUAAGAACUGAAGCUGCAAUAAAAUCGUUUUUGUUGAUUUCCUGCACUUUUUGUGCUUGUUAGAACAACACCGAAGAAGUUCAACGAUUUAGAUGAUUUUUUUCCUGUAGAUAAAAUUUUCCUUUGAAACAACUUUCCUUUAGGUGGCCUCAAGCAGUCCUGUAUGGUAUUAGAACUAAUUUUUUAUGACACUUAUAAUUCAAACAGGACCCUUGUUGAUAACAGUACUUUCUUGUACUGUUAAGGUAAUCACCCUGUGUAAACAGUUAUGUUAUUAUGUUAUCAUUACUGAAAUUUAGUUGUAGAUGCACCAAGCACGCGCUUCAAAUAAGAAAUUUUGGUCACGUUUUUGCAUGGAUUGUCACAAAGAUAUCACAUUUUUUACCGGUGAUGUCUGUAACAGAACAAAUAACGCUUUUGCCUAAUCCUGGUGCUAAAAUCUUCCUUUCUCGAUGCGUCGAUAUGAUACAAGCAGAUCUUUGCCCUGGCGUGUCGCGUCAAAAGGCUUCAUGCCUUCAUAGUUAUUGGAACAGCGUUAUUAUAUAAGAUCAGUUUCUAUUAUGAAUAAUCCAUAUCACUGGUUGGAUAUAUCAUCCACUUUUUGUAUAUGUCAAAAGUGUAACCAGGCUCUUUGUUCAACUUUCUCUCGGUAUUGUCUUCUUAAUCCUAGUAGGAUUGAAAUGUGCUUGCGAGUCUUGACGAGAAUACCUGUCUUUCUGCCAGAAUUUGCAAUAGCUAAAUCAAGAGACAACAGGAAAUCAGCUAUUGCGGCUAUGGUUGGUCACCCAAAACUGAAAUUUUUUAAGAGCAAGAUGUUUCGAUUAUUAAUAAUUUACAGGGAAUCGUCAAAGAAAAAUGAUUUCAAUAAUCCCUGGUUCCCAGCAUCGUUUAAUCGUUUCUCACAUAAUCACUUGUGUAGGACUUUAUUUCAUUCAUACUGGAACAACAGUGCUAUUAACAUCGGUGCGAUCUGGUUAUUAUGCUCUAUUACUCAAGAGAUGUUUUGUUAAAAGCUUUGCAAACAAGACUGCCACUUGCAGUUAUUUUAUUCAUUGUUACGUCACUCGCUCCAUUCUUCUGUUUCACACAACAUGUGGUCGAGUCGGUCGCAAAAACAAAUGGAUGAGGAAGAGAACGAAGCAUAGGGAAAUCAACUUGACAUAUUUACUUGGUAGCUGACGCCUUAUUAUCGUGUGCAGCUUCGAGUGUGUUGCUACAACGAGAGGAUGCUGAGGAAAUUUCAAUGAGAUGCCGAACCAGAUUUCUGCAUUGUUUACCGAAAUGAAUCUAUGGAUUGAAGUAGCUAGCUUGAGAAGUGAAUUGGUAAGAUUUCUGUUUCUCUAAAUAUUACUUUUUUCUGUCAUUCCUUUGUUAUUUGACUCUCGCCUAUUUAUUUCGAAGAAUCUUCCCAACCGAGAUGAAAUUCUUUAAAUAUUUUGCAUUCAAAUUGUUUGCUGUUUUGUUUUCAAGGUUUCUGUUGCAUCUUCAUUCGGAUGCACGUGCACGCAUUUGCGUACUUUUCAUGUUAUUGUUUUGUGUGGAUUUGCUAAGUCUUCGCUGAUCUGCAUUGAACUUAUUUUUUUCAUGUAGUGAAAAACGUUGGAUAUUACAUGCAGCCUUUUUUAUUGAUGCUGAGAGCUCCAUCCCCUAUUGAUGUGCAUAAUCUAUGUCCAACCGUGUCAAUCAAUGUAGAGAAGAAAGAUCCUAAUAUUCUUGAUUGUCGUAACGGUUAAAUCAAGAACGAACUCCAUUGCUGUGGUCUCCUUGUCAACAAAUUUCUUUAUGUUUGCAAAGACACCUGCGGCACAAACCCAAACGAUAUCUGAUAGCGCCUCCACAAAUAUGACAAUAUUGCUUGAUGUUUUAUCGCAUUGCCCAGCUUUCGACAUAUUGCAAUGUCUACAUUUUAAGAUAAUGUUAACUUUCUCGGCUGAAAUUAUAGCAAAUAGAUUGGAAUAAGAUUUUCAAAAUUCGGCAUUAGCUUACAUAUAAUUGUUUAGUGCGAUUGGCAUUAAAGGGUCCCGAACCUCAAAACUGGAAUCUUUUCCAUUCAAUGACUAUCUCCGGAGAACUGUCACAAGAAAGAGUUCACACCCGAUCAUAGAUGUAGGAAGCAUUUAAAAUGUAGGGCGGCACACAUAGAGGAAAGGGUGCGCCUCCAUAAGCUCCAAAUAGGUACCUUGCCUCUGUUUCUGAAAAAUGGGGGUCCACGUGCCCCUGUACCACAUGCCCCCUGUAGCCAGAAAUACGUACGGAAGCACACCUUGGAAAACAGGUCUAUUUUGCGCACACACAAUUGCUACGAAUGAGGCCAUCUACCUCCCUAAAAAAACCUCCAUGGCACCAUAUACCUCCACAAAAUUUCGCACUUUCCAGUCUGGCCUAAACAAACAAAGUUUUGUUCUACGGAGAUUUUAAACGUUUAUGAAAAGGCACGGUUACGUCUUGCUAAACUGCAGUACUCCAUCAAGCAACUAUUCCUGCUCAUUAAAAAGAAGGUGCUUGCCACGACUGUGUCAGUAUUCGCUGUAGUGGGUCUUACAGACAGAGCGCCCAAGGUACUUGAAUGGGAUGUUGGCAUCUUUGGACCAUGUAGAAGUUGAAUUUUUUAUAAAAAUGUUUUAAACGAAAAGUGACUUAAACAAUGAAGAAACAAGCAAGGGAUUUCUAUUAAAUUUUUUCAGCAGUUUAACAGUAGUAAGGCUAUGAUAUUUGAAGAGUUUUUGUUUCUCAUGACAUUCAGCAUUUGUUCGGUUUUUAGCGAACAUGGUUGCCAGGAUCGAAAGGGCGUGUCUUGAUAUUCUCAGAGGCCGAUCCUCAUUUUUUCAAAACUUGGUUUACAGCUUCCCUGUCGGCUCUCAAACGAUAAUCUUCACGUAAACAUUUAGGCCAGCCGAAGGAGCAGGGGCCACUUACUGGCUUCCCUUGCGACAACGUGGUCCGUUGUCGAAGAAAGAGUUGUCCGAAUUGUCUUGAAGACUUGUCCAGAAAAAUGUUAAGCAUUCUUUCAUGAAAAGACUUCUGUUAUGCAUUAAACAAUCUUUUAAGGUACGCUUUGGACGUGGUGGUGAGAUUCCAUAAUAGCGCCCAAACUCUGUAUAAACUUCUGGUUUAAUACCCUCUAUCUAGACUGUGAAUCCAUGCCCCUGCGCGGCACUUCCAUACCAUUGUAUCCCAGCCCUUUGCUCCUUGCGGCUAUCUCUAUUUUGUUCGCUUUUGUAUCCGUGCUUAGAUACUAAGCCCUGUCAGUGACCAAGUACUACGUCUAAAUUUCGUCUGAUGCAAAGAGUAACUGACGUACAUUUACUGGAAAACUGCUAUUUUAAUGAAAGCAUUCAAUUUAUCUAAACAUCAAGCUCUGUGUGCUUUAAUCUUUGUACGGAUACAGUGUACGUUAAUAACUCAAUGUUCUAAUCUAAUUCACGAUCUUGUGAUCUUUCAACAAACUACAAGCUUAAAUUCAACAAAAUAAUUAUUCAAUAGCAUUUACCGUAAAGUCUUCCCAUAAUCCCACGCAAUUUUCUAUUAGAUCAAAAACAGGUUUUAUAAGCAGCAAAUCUCUGUGCAACAAUGGGUUUCAGAAGAAAUUUCUUGAUUUCCUGCGCUUGAGUUUAACAUGGAAUGCAAACAAGAACUUCUUUCAAAUUUCAGGCUAAUGUAUUGAGAUGUAGGGCGAGAAAUUUCAUUAGUUCUUGCAAGCGGUUGUCGUUCUUGCUCGAUAAAGUUAGUUGUUUAAAGUAUAUUUACGAUUUACGGGUACGGAAGAAAUGGCAAGGCUCUACACUCGCACUAAGAUAAACGUCAAAAUCUUGUGCACAGUUACCACGUUGUGAAAAGCCACAGAUAAACCUCUUCUUUGUUCAGCUGUCACCGACGUUGUAUGAGUGAAGCAUUUUCACAUGAAGUUAAGUUACGGAUUUUCCCAAAGAUAUAAAUAGAAAAAGGUAAAGCCACUGACACCCUUUCAAAGGUUCUAGCAUAUGUUAUGGUUUUGCUGUCUUUUCCAAAGACCCAACAUCCUUUUCUUUGUUGAAAAGGCGUUACUGAAGCUUCAUCGUGCCUAUUCGGUUCACAACAUGAAACAAUGUACUCCUGUUUUAAGUAUAAAACCAGAGGCUCGGCGAAACUACAAAAGGAGCGGAUGGAAGAAGAGCGACAGCAGUUCAGUCAGAAGAUGAGAGACGCUCGCAAAAGAUUCGAACAUUUCCUUCUGAACAUCGAGAAGAGUAAUCCAUUUUUACUUCGAAGAACAUCUCGGGGAUCGAUACAGAAGACUACUUUAGGAGAUACUCGUGAGGAAAACAAGAUUGGAUACAAAAGGCUAUCCUGCAACUUUGAGAAUCCUGGAGAUGCCUUCAACUCGAUCAAUGCCAGAAAAGCCAGAUCGUUUAGCAAGCGGAGCAGGCCAAUGAUAAGGAAAAAUAGGUUUCGACAUUCUGUAAUUGGGACUGGCAAAGAAUUUAGCGACCUUGAGGAACUGAUUGAUGCUUCAAAAAAUUGUGGUGAUUACGAUAGUGAUGUGAAACUUUCGCCUGAAGAUGCGUUCAAGAAGUAUUUUAACGAACUAUAUACAGAAAACACAAACGGAGAUAAUGCAAAAUCGUGUUCUAGGUUGAUGGAAAAUGAAAUAGUGAUAGGUAAUUUAUUGCAGUUAACGGAGGAUGAAGGACUGAGUAAUCAGAAACACUGUGUUGGUAAAAAGACAAUUAGUAGUUGGUCAAACGACUUCGAUAAGGUGAAAACGCACAACUACCACAAAGAAAGUUUGCUUCCAUUUCUACUGAGAUCAAAGCUUGCUGGAUCAUCGCAAGAGGACAGAGGAGAAAACGAAGGCGUCGUAUUCAGUAAAGAACAAAAGAGACGGUUGAAGAAGAAGAUGAAACAAGCAUUAAGGACACCUGAAAAUUGCUUUUAUAUGGGUAACUUAUAGUCCUGCAUGCUGUGAUAAUGAAUGGAUAGUUUUCUUAAACGUCGAUAGAUUGCUGAGAUUAUUGAAUGAACACGAGACUGGCACUGUAGAGUACCUGUUCGGUACACCGAACUCCUCAUGGGUGUAGGAAUGCCAUUCAGUAUGUAUUUCAAAACUGCCGCUCUGGCGCGUGACUGAUAUUGAGCAAUCCGUAUACAAAACACCCCAUGUCAGAGCAAGGUGCUCCAUUACCAUCCCUAUAGGACUGAACUAGGGCAACAUGGGCGGCUGAUUUGCUGGGCUCUUUGCUUUUUUGCAUCAGUAAUGUAAAGACACAUUUUUAUGUAAGUUGCAAUCUUAUACUUAGGCACUGCUGAUCAUGCCCCGUCCCCCAACUCCCCCCCCCCCAUUCAAGUCCAUAUCCUACGUUUCUGUUUCUUAAUGGGGUUUUGCUCGUAUACAUAUUCGUCACAUUAUUCUAAAAUAGAUACAGUAUUUUUGCAGUUUGAUUCUUAUAGAGUCGUCUUGAUCAACACAAAUUUUGUUUUGUUAAUUUGCAAAUUUCUAUGGAAAUUAUGAAACAGAGACCGAUAGAAUGCUUUUUGUUGUUGUGAAUUUAGCUACCGCUCAGUUUUUGCAGGCUUUAAUAUCCUAGAAUAUUAUCAAGGAUGUUUAGCCGGUUUUUUAGUUCUGCAAACAACUCAGGUCGUUCUUAGCAACCAUAUUUCGGCAAUAAGCCUUCUAAAAAAACUUCACUUCUUUCUUUGAAACGAAUCCUUCCCGUCAUUUUGUGAAAUCCAAAUGUUUGCUUAUUUGAUUCCAUUCUUUCUUUUGAGAUAACCCAGUGAAUUUAUAGAAUUCAAACGAUCCAACAAAAGGCAGCUAGCUUUUAUUCGCAGGUCGGCUUUUAUUUAUGUUUACCAAUCAUUUUGACAGUUACUGGCCUCAAGAAGUCAACAGACCUUAAAUUACAGCCCCUGUUUAAAUUAUGUGGGAUAGGCAUUUAUAUGUACCCUGGUUUCCAUUGUAUAAGCUCUUCCCUACCUGAUCACCAGCCCAUUAUUCUAAAGAAGUAAGUGGUCUGUUUAAUGCCGCUCAAAAGCCUGUUUGGUGAUCUCGGUUCCAUGCAAAAAAUCCAGAGAAAUGCUGGAAAUUUAUGCGCAUAAUUAUGACAUCCAAAUUGCAUGUUGUUCUCCCAUUUAAUGGUUGCCUAUUGCGUGAAGUAGACUUGAUGGGCUUAGGAUGUCAGUACCCAUUUGUGUUUUCUGUUUUGCAUCAUUUCAAUUUAGUUGACAGUAAAGCAGAUUUUGAAGUUUUAUCAGAAUUUGAUAAUUUAUUUAAAUAUCGUUGUUCGCCAUGAAGCAUCUCGCUACAUUUGUCGUAAAUGUCAAGGUCUUUUCAAGAAAAAAAACUCGUUGAAAACAAAAUUGAAAGAGUUGGAUGAGGCUCUGGAAAUAAGUUAUUGCAGAUCUUGUGCUAAUAGAGGAUUCCUUUAGAAUAAUGGGCUGGUUAUCAGGCUUAUAGCUCCACAGUGCUCUAUUUGCUGCUGAAUCCUGAACUGGGUUUUUUUAUAUAAACUUUAAUAAGGUAAUUAUUUCGAGGUGCACUGGUAGUGUGUAAUACACCUAACUCUUGAAAUCAAGCUCGGUAAGGGGCCAGGGAUCCUGGUGCAAAAUUAGGUCCCUGUUGGAAAUUUCAUAAUCCAACAUUCCGCUCGUUUCACUAACUAACAGGCAUUCAUAACGAAAAGAAGUCACUUGUAAUUCCAAUGUUCAUCUUAUAUCAACUCAAAGAAUAUAUAACUAAAGAUGCUUCAACUAACAUACAAAACAAGAUAAUUGUGGUAUAAUCUAGAACUCCGCGCUAUGACAACAUUAGUAAAAUACCUUUAGUAACAUUAAUAAAAUAAAAAAAACUAAAUCAAAGAUGGCUGUGACCUGUCAAUUAGUUGCUGCCGCCUCCUGUCUCGCAGUCCUUGUCAAGAGAAACAUUGAUGUUCUCUAUCUGUCUGUUAUUAGAACUAAGCAUCUCUAGCAUUGCUUUUAUAGUCCUAUUUAUCCAAAAAUUGAUUAACACUAUUUAUGAUCUUGAUAUAGCUCAAUUAUAUGGGGCAUAUCUUACCCACACUGGUCACCAGUGUUUAUUGAAAGAAGUGCCUCGCUUUUCACGCCUUCCCCAACUGGAAUCUACAAGAAUGGGUGAAUUCGUAGAUACAAAUAAUUUUCAAGGUGGGCGUGACACUUGCACCACUUUGCAACUGCUAUUUAUAUCAACUAUAUCGUUCAUUGGUUUAACAAAGCCAUAUAAAACUAUUUGCUGUAAGACUAUGUUCCCAAUGUUUUUGCUUUUUUCAGUGGCUGUAGCCUUUUCCAACCAUGAAAUAGGGCAAAAAUGAGCUUAAAGUCUCAAAAUGUUUAAUUUUCCUUGAAUGUUUUAGAGAAAAUUAUUUUAAAGCAAACAGGAGAAGCAAGCUUUGGUGCCUAGGAACUGAUCUCAAAGUCCUGAAGAGUUGGUCCAGUGCCUUUUGUAGCAUGACCAGUUUUUAGAGAACUUCGGCUAGAGGGUUAAGCCUCUCUUUUUAAGAAAGAGACAAAGGAGAUAUUGUCAAAAUUAAAGACAUAUCACAAAUGCUGUAGGGUGAACUUUUCUGCUGGUUAGCAGAUCAAAAGACACUUGUUUUAUCGAAUCGUGUUAAAUCUAAAAAGAUCCUUGUAAACAUCAUAUGGUGAAGAUUGUACUCUGCAACUUUAGAAAUUGACUUUAUCAUAUUGGUUUACAUUUGAUUCAACUAAUGAAAAUUUGAUUUAGAUUUCAACAGACUUCCAACAGGUUAACAGAAACAUUUAUAUAUAUUCAUUGUUGUAGGGUGCAAAGGCUUUGGCAAUGAAAACGUGUUUCCAAAAAUACCAGCCCCAAUUAGUAAUAUUUUCUACUCCACGCAA